UUCCUGGUAGAUCACACAACUAAAAAAUUUAAUAGGCUUUUGAUAAAGUAUUUCCAAUCUUAAUUUUAUUCAUUAUAUUUUAGUCAAGUUUUGAAAGACAAAAAAAAAAAACGGGAAUGGCUGAAACUAACAAUAAGAAGCGCAAGCCGCUUCAGGACGAUUUCAUUGAAAUCGAGCCUCAAGCCAUGGACGUGGAGCCGCAGCCAGCAGCAAAUGAAAACGCGGCAAAAGAAGAGCAAGCGGAGCCGCCGGCAGAGGAGCCCACAACUGUGGACAAGACCGCAAAGAAGUCGCGUGUGCGCGCCAAGAAAACGCUGAGGCCAAGCGUCAUUCGGCGCAUUUGCCAGAUUCCCUCGAAAGAAAGCAAAGAGCUGAGCAACAACGACGCCGAGGUCAUGUACACGAACUCUCAGUUCGGGCAGCUGUUCGAUCCAUGCAGCCGUUCCGCUUGCAACAUGUGCACCUUGGCGCCGCGCCGCCGCACCAAGAUCAGAAACACGGCCAAGACCAGAAGCAAGUCCAAGCCAAAGCGCUCGGCGGCCGCAUCCAAGCGCAAGAUGACGGCCAAAGUCAAGCGACAUUGCACAACCGCCUGUGACAGGCGUUUGGCUGUUAAAUCCCUGCUAAAUUUCGAGGCAUCAAAUCGCUCGAUGCCCACUCAAUUGAAAAGGCGGACACGCCAAUGCCUCUGCACCGAGCUAAAUGGCCAGGUCUAUAAGCUGAUGGACUUGCCCAAUGGUGUGCACGAUGGCAGCUCUUUGAUGCUCUCUUUAAGACGUCGCCAGCUCAAACGCACCUUAUCGAAGCCUCGGCUGGCCACCAAGCGAAUAGUUGGCAAACGACCCACCAAUGGCCGAAAAGUAAACAAGAAUUAGGCUAAGUUCAAUCUCAAGAUUUUUUUUAAUUAUGUAAAGCAAAAGUUUAUGAUUUAAAUAAAGGAAGUGUAAUAUGUACGCAA